AUGGGCAGACAGACAGCUUCCCGGCCUGCCGAGGAGCCGACCUGGCCAUCCGACAGAUCCCCGCCCAGCCAGACUCGAUCUCCUCACCGACAAGUCAGGCGGGCGGAACUGGGCUGGACUGGACUCGCGGCCACGGAAAUCUUGUGGAGAAUUUGCCGCUACUUCAAAGGGUCCUUGGGCAGGAGCCCAACAGCCUGCGUGCGGCGGGCGGGAGGCGACGGCGGCGCCCACCACCACCCCCUGACACAUCGCCAGCUCACCGUCUUUUGGGUGUCCCUGCCUGCCAUGGCCACUCGGUUUGAUAGCGGCGGAAACGACCCCUCCCAAUAACCGUGCCAUCGAUGAACCCCCACGUAAAAAAAACAAAAAAAAACAAGACAACGACGUAAAAAUAAGAAUCGCUGCGAACAGACUUGCUCACCUUUCUCAUGCACAAGCAAACAUCCAGUGGGCCCCUCUUUGGCAAAAUUGACACGAUUGAAAAAAUGCCGGACAAGCGGCCCCCGUGAGUCGCGCGGGGCACCUCGUCGAGGGGU